CUUAACCGCAUUAAAUACCCACAUAUAUCAGUGUCUGUCGCGGCAUCUCAGGCAACUGUCGAGCCCCGCAAUUUAAGUGGCCCCAACGGCUCAGAACCGAAUGGACCAAGUCUUCCUUAUCGUCCACCAUUGACAAGGGCCGAUUCUAGAUCAUCUUUUUCACCGCAGUCAAUAAGAGCAGGUGUACCUCAACCACAGCAAAGGCCACAAUUUCAACCUGGUGGACCCGUAACUACUCCACCGCAGUUUGGUCUUCGACCUUUAAACCAAGCACAGAGAGGGCCAGCCCCUGCCGGCCCUCCUGGUUCGCCACAGAUUCGAAAUCAACCUCCACCCAUACGAUCACCUCAACAACCAAGCCCUGUUCAACAAGGCCCAAGACCGGUACAAUCUCCUACUGCUGCCCCAAUACAACAAAGAGGUCCAGUGCCGAAUAACCUUCAAUUUGGACCUCGACAGCCACCCCAGUUUGGAGGCGUUACAACACCUGAGGGCACCAGACCUCAACCGAUACUUCAAACUAACGGGGCAUCUAAAAUAAAUACAACUUUAAACGCGCCUUUUAACGCACCACUUUCGAGGCAAUCUUCACAAGGAUCCUUAAAAGGUCCAGAUUUGGCUAACACGUACCAAACCAAACCGGUCAACCUGGAGAACCAAAAUUCUUCCAAUGAAAAUCUUAAUAAACCGGAUAUUGGCAAUGAAAUGCCGGGAGCGAUUAAAGGAAGAAGCUAUAGCAUUUCAGCAGCAUCGGGGGCGCAAAGUCCGCUGAAAAUGGAUGAGGAUCGCCGAAAAUCUGUAAGUGCAGUGGGUGGAAGAUACGAAGAAUUAGCUAGUCGCAGUUCGGGGCUCGGUUUAAUCCAAGAGAUGAGAAGUAGUAAGGACAACAUUCUUGGAUCUAAGGAAAGCAUAAAAUCGGAAUCAUCAUUCGAAGUAAAUAAAGAUAUACCUGAUCGCCCAGAGUCACGUCUGACUGGAACAAAGAUGACCGACUCUAUUAUGGGUUCUUUAUCAAAUCUAACUCCAAAAAAGAAAUUAGACGAUGAUGAUGAUGUUGUUUCACAAAAUUACUUGACGGCAGUUAAAAAUGAAACGCCUCAAAAUAAACCAGACCUUUCUGAUAGAUCACCAUCAUUAACUCGAAGUGAUGAGUCGCCAGAACCGAAAAAUAUUUCGCAAAGUUCUGUUUUAUCCAAUAAAACUCAAAGUGGUACACCGGAACCGCAGCGUCCAAAAACACCAAAAAUGGAAUUAAAGCAAGAGCCUCGCAAAGAGAUUUUCCAAUCACUGACACCAACAAAAACGCCAUCAAAGUCUCCUUUAUCCGAGUCUAAGACACCAACAGAAUCAAGGUCACCAAUUCCCAAUAAUAAAAAACCAACUGAACUAAAAACUUCAGUUACUCCCUUUGAUUCUAAAAAAUCUACACCUCGAAAGAUAGCUUCUGCUCCAAAUUAUCGUCCCAAAGAUGGAGAUAAUGACAGUGGGGUGGAUGAAUCUACACAAGGAAACGAUAUCAACGGCUCUCCUGGCUCACCAAAUAAGAAGUUGCCGAGCAAAUUACCAAUGAAAGAGAAAUCUAACAGUAGCCUAAAACAGAGCCUUUCAAGGUCAUCAAGCAAGAGCGCUACUGCUAAAACACCGGAGACUCCACAACCCAAUGAAAAGAAGAAAGUACCAAUGAACAAAGUUCAAGUUGGAAAUGCACCGUCUCCCAAUAUAAAGGCUGUUAAAUCGAAGAUCGGUUCCUUGGAUAACACUACCUAUAAGCCGGGUGGCGGAAAAGUGAAGAUUGAAAAUAGAAAACUCGACUUUAACAACAUUACACCAAAAAUUGCUGCUAAGAACGAAGCUUAUACUCCAAGUGGAGGCGCUAAAAAGAUUACUACUACGAAAUUGGAAUGGAAUGUCAAAUCGAAAGUGGGUUCAUUACAAAAUACGUCAUAUAAACCUGGUGGAGGCGACAAGAAAAUAGAAACGGUGAAACUUGACUUCAAAGAAAAGGCUAAGCCGAAGGUUGCUUCAACUGUUAACAUCACUCAUAAACCAGGCGGUGGAGGAGUCAAGAUUGAAAAUCAAAAAUUGGAUUUCAAAGCGCAAAGCAAAGUCGGCUCACUCGACAACGUAAAACAUAAGCCAGGAGGCGGUGACAUAAAAAUAUUCGACGACAAGGAUUAUAUUAAGCAAAUCGGUGGACAAUCUCCUCUUCCCAAUAGCCACGGCCAGUCGCGACAGGAGAGUCCGGUUCCACCGCCAGCGCAGCCUCCAAAAGAAGACGAAAAUUUAAAUCAACAGCCGUGUUAAGACACUUCAACAUACUGCGAUUUACAAUAUCGAUCUAUUAUAGUCGACUAACUGAAGAGUCCAAACUUUUAAAUAUAUUUUUUAUUUACCUUGUUAA